UGUACAUAAGAUGUUUCAACAUACUUAUAAUUAGUUUAUUGCAAUUAACGAUGCAGGCAUUGAAACUAGUUGUUGUUGGAGAUUGUGGUGUUGGAAAGUCAUCUCUAUUAAUGAGUUACGUUGAGAAAAGAUUUCCAGGAGAGUACGUACCGUUUGUAUGUGACCUUCACGAUUAUAAACAUAAUAUUCAACUUGAUGAUGCAUUUGUGCAGUUGUGUCUGGUAGAUACGGCUUGCAAAGAGGAAUACGACAGAUUGCGUCCUACGGCAUACAAGGAAACAGAUAUAUUUUUGAUAUGCUUUUCCUUGGUGGACAUUGACAGUUUUCAGAAUGUCGAACAAAAAUGGAUCCCUGAAGUACGACAUCACUGUCCAUUUAUACCUUUUAUUCUAAUAGGAACAAAACUAGAUCUCCGAGAAGAUGUACUGAACGAGGCAUCUGCCCAAGAAACACCGUUUGUUUCAUACCAAGACGGAAGGUCUUUUGCUGAUAAAUUGAAUGCGGCUGAAUACAUUGAGUGCUCAGCUCUUACACUGAAAGGGGUGAAAUCUGUCUUCGAUGAAGCAGCGAGAACAGUACUUACGACUACAAUGACUAAAAAGAGCAAAACAAGCUUUGGAACGUUUUUAUGCACUUUGUGAUUAUGUAUGACCUUUAAAAGUUUACCUUGUCGGGCUUUGUUUCAAACUGUUUGUAGAUAAUAAAU